GGCAGGCCGGGACCGGGGCCGGUGCGAGUCGGCCGGGGGCAGGGCGCGACCAUGGCGUUCUCCACCUUCCAGAAGGUGGCCGUGGUGUCGGGCAUCGUGCUGUGCGUCUCGCUGCUGUUGCCCAAGGCCUUCUUGUCCCGCGGGAGAAGGCCGGAGCCGCCGCCCGCGCCCUCGGGAAAGAUGGGUCGAUUCCCACCAAUGAUGCACCACCAAAUGCCCUCAGAUGGCCCAGCUUCAGGCACCCAUUUCCCCAGAUCUCACCUUGCAGAAGCAAUGGCAAAAACCAAAGGAUCCGGUGGCAGUGUGGGAGGUGGUGGUGGAAGAGGCCUUAUGGGACAAAUUAUUCCCAUCUAUGGUUUCGGAAUUCUUCUCUACAUCCUGUACAUUCUGUUUAAGCUCUCUUCCAAGGGAAAAACCACUGUAGAGGACCGAAAAUCUACUACUGCUAUACAUGGAAAUCCAAAUAGGAAGAUUACCAACUAUGAGCUUGCACAGCUACAAGAGAAACUGAGGGAGACGGAAGAAGUCAUGGAAAAGUUAAUUAACCGAGUGGGACCAAACUAUGAGAGCAGGGCACAGAAUGUGACUUCGGAACAGGAAAAACGGUUAUUGCAGCAACUCCGAGAAAUCACCAGGGUCAUGAAGGAAGGAAAACUCCUCGACAGUCCAUCUCCUGAGAAAGAAGCUGAGGAAGCCCCUUACAUGGAGGACUGGGAAGGCUACCCAGAAGAGACCUACCCAGUUUAUGACCUUUCUGACUGCGUGAAGCGAAGGCCAGAUACAAUCCUGGUGGAUUACCCUGACUUGAACCAAGCCUCUGCUGAAGAAAUAGCAGAAAGAAUGGGGGUGCUAGAGGAAGAAGAAGAUCAUUUGUGCUGUGAGAAUCUACCAGUUGACCUGGAUGAAGCAGGCCAGGACUUCCCAGCCCAGAAAGACAAGAUCAUCAGUUUUGAAGACCAGGACAGAAUCCUGCCCCCAAGCCAAGAAUCAGAGUGCACGUGUUGCCACCAUGAAGAGGAUGACCCUGCCAUCAUAGCAGAGAACAUGGUGUUCCCUUUGGAUGGCAGCAGAGAGCCAGAGGAAACACACCAAUAUUCCAAAGAGGUGACAACCCUUCAAAUUCCUGAAGCCAUCUGUUCCCCUGGCUUGGCCUGGUCUGCCUCCCCUGUGGCUUCUCCAGGUUCAGCAUCUAUAUAGUCUAAUAACAUUAACUUUUUGGAUCAAACCACUCUUUUGACGCAUACUGAAUGGCAGUCCACCAAACCCCACGGGUAUUUUUCAGAUGAAUUUCUUCUAGCCGUACCACUGAUCUUAUAUUUGUAAGACUGAUUUUUCUAACCCAUAAGGCUUUAUAUGUAUCCUUAUUAAAUCUCACCUUAUUAGA